AUGGGAAGUGACCAUUACUGCCUGAGGUGGAAUAAUCAUCAGAGCAACUUGCUGGGUGUGUUCAGUCAACUGCUGGAGUCGGAGUCACUGGUGGACGUGACACUGGCGUGCACGGAGGGACCUUCGAUACGUGCCCACAAGGUAGUCCUCUCCGCGUGCUCCAGCUACUUCCAGGCCCUGUUCCUUGACCACCCGAAUCGCCACCCCAUAGUCAUCCUAAAGGACGUACGUUUCGCCGAGCUACGUACCCUCGUCGACUUCAUGUACAAGGGCGAGGUAAACGUCGAGUACUGCCAGCUAUCGGCCCUCCUCAAGACAGCGGAGAGCCUCAAGGUGAAGGGUUUAGCGGAUAUGACGAACAUCAACGCGGCGGUAGCGUCGAGGGAUGAGCAACAACAACAGCAGCAGCAGCAGCAACAACAACAACAGCAGCAGCAGCAGCAGCAGCAACAACAGCAGCAGCAACCGCAACAGCAGCAGCAGCAACAGCAACAGCAACAGCAACAACAACACACGAGCACAUCCGAGGGUAUACAGCGCGAGACGUCGCGAGAACAUCACCGUGAACGCGAGAGUAUAAAGGAGGCGAGCAACAAGGAGAGAGACAGGGAAGGAAACACGUCCGGCGGUGGCACGGGUUUGCCAUCGGCAGGGGUGAAAGAAUGCGAGCAACCGCAACAACGCGAGAACCUGGCCCAACCACCCAGCGAGUCGACCGAGGCGGUAGACAUGACCGACUGUCCGGCAUCGCCCACCGGGCCCGGUAGCCCUUGUCCGGGACCAUUGGCCCUUGAUCGACCGAGGAGGGACUCCGAGGACGCCGCCAGUUUAGAAGAAACGAGGGGUUCCCUUAGCCCGAUCUCGGUGCACAGUGGACCGUCGGACAUGAGUCUGAGUAACAAUACCGGCAGCACGCCCGGUGUUCUGCCACUGAAUUUACCGCAGAGUCGGCUUCCGUCCCCGCACAGUACAGAGCCUCUCGCGGGCCCUUCGGGGUUACCCCCGGUUCAACAAGUUCCACUUGUGAGUACAACUCUUGCAACUCUCUCCUUUACAGUUUUUCCCCUUAAAAUUACAUGCAGAUGUAGCAGUAGACGUAGCAUUGUAGAUUGUAAGAUUUACGCGAUUUACGCGAUUUAAUUGACAGAUGAAGCUUUUUUUCUCGAGUCUUCGUUGGAACGUUCCAAUGCUCCAACAGUACGAUCGUAUCGUAAACUGAGAUAUGGUCGCGUGUUUGACUUGGCGAAAAUUUAGCGAAAACGAUGACGAGUAAUUUUACAGAUUUAACUUUCGUCGCUACGUUAUAUUGAUGAUAUACGGGCGUUUUUCUUUUCAACUAGUUAGUUAGAUCCGUAACUUCUUCUUCUAGUACGACGAAUGCUAGUGAUCGAGAAUGGUUUUUUGCUUUUUCGAAGUGCCUUUUGUUUCGUUUCGAAUGUUAGUGUCACACACGUGAUUUACAAACUUUCAGAAGAAGAUCAUCCUUACUUUGUUUGUUAAUUAUUAUUCUCAUCGAUCCGGGAUUGUUCGAGAACCUUACGCUCAAGUAAAUGCUAAUGGCUCGGCGUGCGGUCGGUCCGCGCGAGCAAGUUCAUACUUCUUUCCCCCCCUCAAUAGCAUCGACAGCUAUCCAAUUAUUACUUUGUGACGUGAACCCGAUGUUCGUUUGCAGUCGUUAAAAAAAGAGAUGGACUGGGAAAGGUCGACGGAAGAGCGCAGUGCGAGCAGCGAAAUAUCCACGGAUUACAGACUCCCACCGGAUCCG